CCCCCACCCCACUACUUUCUCCCCCCACUCUUCCACCUCCUCCUCCUCACAUUUGGAUCACGUAAGUCAGCAGGUGGGCUGCUGGGAGGAGUGUCUGCCGUGUGGCGUUGAUAUUCUGCCUGCGUCCGGCUCGCUGGGCGCCCUACAUUGCAGGCUCUCCCUCUGGCAGUGCUCGCCUUGGCUCUGGGCUGAGUGCUGGAAAACGCUGAGAGUCUGACAGACUCCAUGGGCGCACGUACAGGUACACACACAACACACAAACACACACCCAAACACACUCACACACAGCCAUGCAGAGAAUGGACCACUCUCCACUGCCCAGCAGAGCACAUCAUAGAGCGAGAGAGGGGGAGAAAAGGAGGGAGCAGAGGAGGGAAAACAGAGCUGGUGGAAGCAGAGAAAUGGACAGACACACUGUAUUUACCUCACACUUUUUCAGGAAAGCAUGUGGAUUACCCAGCGGACUCAGGGAGGCUUUUUAAUGAAAGCACAGGAAGGGGGCAGCAGCUGGUGGCAUGUGUUUGAGCCGGGAGGAUAAGACCCCUUGUGCUUGGCUCGCCAGCCCCCCUUCCUCCUCUCUCUCUCAACUCUCUCUCUUCCCUCACUCUCUCUCUCUCUCUCUCUCUCUCUCUCUCGUGCUUUCCUCAUCUCCUAACACUCCCUUCAUCCUCCCCCGUCCAACCCCCCCCCUCCCACAGAGAAUGAAGUCCUUUGUCCGUUCCACUACUGCCCGUCCUGGAGCUGGGCCUGAGCCGCAGGGGCCUUCUGGUCAGCCAGCAUCAGAACCAGAGCAGAACCGAGUUGAGCCCCCCUCGCAAGCAGCUCUGGCUGCACAGUCCGCCUCCACAGACCAACACAAGUCCCCGAUCACCCCGUGCUGGGAGAGGGAGAAGAAGAAAAAUGAGCAAAACAGACAGAGACAUCAACAGAGUUGUUGGACAAUACCAAUGAGAGGGAUGGACAGAAGGAAAAACACAGAGGAGGGUGGCCAAGAGUGCGACAGAAAGAGGGGACAUUUCACUCUAAAGUUAUGUGGCAACAAGAUGUCUUACUCUGAAAAGGAAAAACUGUGCCCAAGUUAA